UGGCGGAGAGUGCGGAACUAAAGCAAAUGGUGAUGAGCCUGCGGGUAUCCGAGCUGCAGGUGCUCCUGGGCUACGCCGGGCGGAACAAGCACGGGCGCAAGCACGAGCUUUUGACCAAAGCGCUGCACCUGCUGAAGGCCGGCUGCAGCCCUGCCGUGCACAUGAAGAUCAAGGAGCUGUACCGCCGACGCUUCCCCACCAAGCUGGUGUCGCCCGCCGAGCUGGCGGGGCUGCCCGGCGUGCACCCAGGGGCUGCCUCCCUGCCGGCCGGCCUCACCCAGCUGCCAUAUGACGGGCACGGCGCGCCGCCAUCACCCCUGCUGCCCGUCUCGCUGCUGGGCCCCAAGCAUGAGCUGGGUCUUGCACACCUGCCUGCCGGGCUGCACCCUGUGCACCCCGAUGUCAAACUGCAGAGGUUGCCCUUCUACGACGUGCUGGACGAGCUCAUCAAGCCCACCAGUCUCGCUUCAGACAACAGCCAGCGCUUUCAGGAAACGUGUUUCGCGUUUGCACUAACGCCACAGCAAGUCCAGCAGAUCAGCAGCUCCAUGGACAUCUCUGGGACCAAAUGUGAUUUCACGGUACAAGUACAGUUACGGUUUUGCUUAUCAGAAACCAGCUGUCCACAGGAAGACCACUUUCCUCCUAACCUCUGUGUAAAAGUCAAUGGGAAACCAUGUAAUCUUCCGGGCUACCUUCCUCCCACCAAAAAUGGAGUCGAACCAAAGCGCCCCAGCAGACCCAUCAACAUUACCUCACUGGUCCGGCUGUCCACCACCGUCCCCAACACCAUCGUGGUGUCCUGGACGUCUGAGAUCGGCAGGAGUUACUCCAUGGCAGUGUAUCUGGUGAAGCAGCAGUCAUCCACAGCCCUGUUACAGAGACUUCGUGCCAAGGGCAUCAGAAACCCAGACCACUCGCGCGCCCUCAUCAAAGAGAAGUUAACGGCAGACCCUGACAGCGAGAUCGCCACCACCAGUCUGCGAGUGUCGUUACUGUGUCCGCUGGGGAAGAUGCGGUUGAUGAUUCCAUGCAGGGCAGUGACAUGCUCCCACCUGCAGUGCUUUGAUGCCACACUCUACAUCCAGAUGAAUGAGAAGAAACCCACCUGGGUGUGUCCAGUCUGCGACAAGAAGGCCCCAUAUGAGCACCUCAUCAUCGACGGGUUGUUUAUGGAGAUUUUAAACAGUUGUGUAGACUGUGACGAGAUUCAGUUUAAGGAGGAUGGGAGCUGGGCCCCCAUGAGGUCAAAAAAGGAAGUUCAGGAGGUGUCUGCUUCAUGUAACGGCGUUGACGGUGCGUGCCGGACGUCGGCACCUGAGCAGAAGUCCAGCUCCCAGGCAAGUGGCGGCAGCAAGAAGGUGGAGGUGAUUGACCUGACCCUGGACAGCUCGUCAGAGGAUGAAGAGGAGGAAGAGCCCCUGCCGAAGAGGAGCUGCCCCUCGCUCUCUCCCACCUCACCACAGAUGAACAAGGGAGUGUUGAAUCUGUGUACACAGGCAUCUCCUGUGAGUCGAACUCCCAGCAUGCCUCAAGUGGAGACCAACUAUAUCCCCCCUCCACCACCCCUCAUACAGGACUAUCGCCACUACUAUCCUACUCCUAACGACCUUACAGAUCUCAACUUUUUCUCCUUUUUACAAGGAGACAAUCAUCAGCACUACAACAUGGUAAUGGCAGCGGCUGCCUCGGCGACCGAGGACCACGACCUCCUCCUGAACCGCUUCCUGCCCUACGGCUCUCCACAGCUCUUCCUGGACCCGCCGGGCACUCCGGUAGGCGGAGCCGGAGGCGUGCACGGCCCAGCCGGCCCCACCCACCGCAGCAACAGCAGCGGCAGCAGCUCGGCCGGGAGCCUGGGCUCGGCCGGGAGCCUGCGCGACGCGCACGGCCUGCCGCCCUCCGCCCGUGCUGGCCCCGAUGCUGCCAUAGCCUCCGCCCUCUACGGCUCCAUCCCAGACGUCAUCUCGCUAGACUGACACGGUACCCGCAGAGUCCAAGAAAAAAGGAUGGGAGAGACGCUCGACGUUGACAGGAAAAAAGAAAAAACAAACUAAAAAAGAAACCCGAAAAGGAAAGUAAAGGGGUUUUUUUUGUUGUUGUUGUUGUUGUUUUCCUAAACGAAGAUGAACGUUGCCGUGUACAGAGAACAAAUAUAUUUUCAGUUUUACCUUUUGUAUAUAUAAACUCGGAAAAACUUUUUUUUUCCUACUCUGCGAAUAACUAAGGGUUUUUUCCUUCUUUGUUUGUUCGUUUUCUUCCAUUGGGGGUGGGGGGCGGGGGACGACCUUUUCUUUACUUCAUCCCAAAUCCUCAUUUUGUUUUGUCCUUGAUUAUACUGUUAUUGUAAUAUUUUGUGUCUCUUUAGUUGCUGUUGUGUUUUUUCCGUUUCUUUGCUACAUUACAUUCAGUAUCCUUUCUGCAUCCAUGGCGAAGGCGUGAACCUCCCACGCCUUCGCGUUGUGCCUGCCAGCGCGGUCGCCUGCGGCGACAGAUGGACUCCAGGCAUGGUCUGCUCAGCAGCACGCGCACUGUCCAGUGCAGGCUGUCUUGGGUUUUUUUUCAACCUGCGGAUGAUUUUCUAACACUUUUAAAUGAUAUGAAGUAUAAUGAACUGUCAACAAGCAUUCCUUGCCCUUCAGGAAUAUGCUACGGAGAGUGGAGCCACGGCGACCGAUGGCCAUUUCUGCUUCUUUGCUUGUUUUUGUUUUCCUUCUUCAUCACUUAUUUAUACUUUAGAGCAGACAGCCCUGUGCACUGCCUCUAGUGUCAUGUUUCCAUCUUGAGCAAGACCUUGUGUGCCAUUGCUUGAUUUUUCACACCACUUUGGGUUUUGUUUUUUUUUGUUUGCACAAUGCCGAAAUGGACGCCACAGGAAAUUGUUCCCCCUUUUCGUUCUUUCUUUCCAGUGACUCACAUUGUGCAUUGCCCUCUGUUGUUCCCUUGUGUUUCCAUGAGGAGAUGAGCGGAAAGAUGCAACAGUGUUUCAUCCCAAAAGGUUUUGGGUUUUCUGGUGGAAAGAAAACGCUAAGAGCCUAAGUUGAAAGUAAGCAAAAAUCUGGACAUAUCUGUGUUUGAACUCGAUCCACGCUGGAGUAAGACCCAUGUGAACUUCACAUGUAAGGUAGCCCUGCCAUUUCAUCCAGUCCAGUGUCCUGCCAAGCUGUUGAUGGAGUUCGAGUCAUCUGUGUUUGAUAUGAUGCCGUGUCUCUUCAGCACCACACACACACACGCACUCACGUGUCUGCUAAAGCCACUCUUUAUUUAUUCUGGUGUCGUCUGACAGGAUGUAUAUGAGUUAGGAGACUUCGACCUGUUAUGACCCUUGACAGUCGGGCAAUCAUCCUGACAGUCACUCACGAGCUCAUAGCCACUCUCCUCCAUGCAUGGAUUAACAAUAUUUAGAAUCCCUCACUAUUUAUAGAGCUUCCAGUAUUAAAAAAAAAGAUUGUGGCCAUUGAGUUUUUAAUUUUUCAAAAUAGAAGUUGUGGUUAAAAGCUGCAAUGAACAAUUAAUAUUUCCAAGCUCUAAAAUUGGAAGAGAGAGGCUUUCAGAGCAUAUUCAAUGACAGCUGUCCUGAUCUGGAUCUGCAUGACGUUUAUCUUACGGCUCAACACUUUCUGUGUUGAAAAACAUAUUUAUUUAAUAAGUGAUUUAAUUUAAUAAGGGUGAAGGAAACCGUAUCUUUUUUUCCCUGCAAGGAUUUGGAAUAUUUAAAGGCUACAGUCUGCCUGUGUGUUUCUGUGCACAUGUGUAUGAUAAGGGGGGUUGGGGUAUGGAGGUUUUGUGUGUGUGUGUGUGUGUGUGUGUGUGUGUGUGUG